GGUUUAUUUACUGUCGAAGAAGAAUUCGCGGAACAAGAUGGCGGCGUCCUGACAGCCGAAGUCCAACCAAUAACAGAAUCGUGGUCCCGGUCUUGAUGCAGCACCAUCGACCUGUGGUGAACGUGGUCCGUCUGGGCCUGCGGUCCUACCAGGAGGCUCUGCAGUUGCAGCAGGUCUACGUGGACCGGCACCGGUCCGGUUCUGGUCCGGCCAACGCCCUUCUACUGUGUGAACACGCUCCAGUCUACACAACAGGGAUCCGGAACCAACCAUACCCGGAGGCUCAGCUGGACCAGCUCCGGCUGCUGGGGGCUGAGGUGUACCGGACCAACCGAGGAGGACUGAUCACCUUCCACGGACCAGGACAGCUGGUCUGCUACCCAGUCCUGGACCUGGGCUGCUUCAAGAAGAGUGUGCGCUGGUACGUCUGUGAGCUGGAGAAGACCAUCAUCUCGGUUUGCAGGAGGUUCGGCAUUGAAGCAUCGACGUCUCCUCACACCGGAGUCUGGGUCGGGCAGAACAAGAUCUGUGCCAUCGGGAUCCACUGUGGGCGUUACGUCACAUCUCACGGCCUGGCGCUGAACUGUAACACCGACCUAUCGUGGUUCGGACACAUCGUACCCUGUGGGAUCGAAGGUAAAGGCGUGACAUCGCUCAGCGCUGAGCUGCACCGAGACGUGGACGUGGACGAGGCUGUCCCACAUCUACUGGACGCCUUCAGGGACAGAUUCAACUGUGAGCUGAAAGAUGGCAAGAUGACCGGCUGACGAACCAGGUCUGAUCUGCGACUGUGGCUUCAGCCUGGGGUCAGAGGUCAUAUUCGGAGACCUGUGUUGUUGAGGUCGUCCCAUGGCUGAAGGUGAACCGUGUGGAACCAGACAUGGAUGUUUAACCCUGAAGGAUCCACUUCAGUCUGGAACCGGGUUCUCAAGGUCAGUAUCAGAUGUUUUCUGGUGACCUCUGACCCCGAUGAGCCAGAAUCUGAAGAUCUACGUGUUUUACAGGUUUUCAGUGUGAGACCGGAUCAGACUGUGGACCUGAUUAGUCCACAUAGAUGUGGAUGUCUGUGGACUUUUACAGCUUUUCAGUGAAAAUGUUUCACUGUGAUUAAAAUGAAGCUUCUGUUAUUGAAAAAUAAAUGAAAUGACUUAAUGUUUUCUGUGUGACAACCUUAUUCUAUACAUGUAGAUUAUUAUUAAAGAUCACAUUUUUUCAGUGUUUUGAAAAGUGAUGAA